CUGGACGAUCCUACGGAAAAAACCAUUCUCGACUAUAUCGACUGGACCAAAUACAACAUUCUCGCCGAACACCGCCGCUGUGCCACCGUUGAAGAAGCGUUGUUCGUAGCCCGCCUCGGGCGCGAAGUAGCCAAGACUGACUUCGUUAAGCUGGAAGUGAUUCCAGAUGCCAAGUACCUCUUCCCUGAUCCGGUGGGCACCCUGGAAGCGGCCCGUUUGCUGGUGGAAGAGGGUUUCAUUGUUCUGCCGUACAUCCACGCCGAUCCGGUGCUGGCACGGCGCCUGGAAGAGGUGGGCUGCGCCACGGUUAUGCCCCUCGGCUCUGCCAUAGGCUCCGGUCAAGGCAUUCACACGGUGGAAGAGGUGCGCAUAAUCAUUGAGCAGGCCAAUGUUCCCGUAGUGGUGGACGCAGGUCUUGCCGUCCCAUCCGAUGCCUCGAAGGCACUGGAGAUGGGCGCUUCCGCCGUACUGGUCAAUACCGCUAUUGCCCAGGCGGCAAAUCCUGCACAGAUGGCCGAAGCCUUCAAACAUGGGUGGAAGCCGGACGCAAGGCUUACCUGGCAGGCCGCAUACCGACGCGUGCCUAUGCCUCGGCCAGCAGCCCGACCGACGAAGUUCCCCAGCCCGUUCCCGCCGGCAGCUAGAACUUGGAAGCCGGCAGCUAGGAUUUGGAAGCGUGUCUUGGUAAAUCGUUUGCCCGAGCCCUGCCUGUGCCUGGUAACCGACCGCCGUGUGGGUGAUGAAGCCACCCUGGUUUCCCGGGUUGCGCAGGCCGUGGAUGGUGGAGUUGACCUGGUCCAGUUGCGGGAAAAGGACUUGCACGGCGCCCAACUGCUGGAGUUGGCCCGCCGUCUCCGCGAGGCCAUCGGUGACAAGGCGCUGCUCCUGAUCAAUGAACGGGUGGACGUGGCCGCUGCCCUGUCCCUCACAGGAGUAGCCUACGGGGUACAGCUGGGUGAGGAUGCCAUACCCGUGGGCGCCGCCCGCCGGUUGCUGGCUCCUGUACUGGGUCCGGAAUUGCUGAUUGGGCGCUCCGUCCAUUCGGUGGAGGGGGCAAAGCAGGCAGUGGCAGACGGAGCCGAUUUUCUGGUGGCGGGCACAAUGUUUGCCAGCCGUAUCCCACCCGGGUGA